AUGAAACCCAGAGAAGUAGUAAAUGGGAAAGAUGACGAACCAUGGGCAGAACGCUAUGACCUAGGAUGGACAAUAAUAGGUGAUGUAUGCAAAGGCCCCGAGGGAAACGACAGCGACGAGACAUUUAAGAUCAAUAGAAUCGUUAUACGUGAUAAUGCAACGACAAAAGAAAUUUAUACACCCUCGGACGUGCAACGAAUGAUGGAGCUUGACUACUCCGAAAGAAAAGCAGAGCGUGAAGACAACACAAUCUAUUCUGUCGAAGACCGCAAGUUCUUACAGAUCCUUGAAGAAGGAAUCAAGAAAGAUACAGACGGGCGUUGGGAAAUGCCGCUGCCCUUUAGAGAUAAGACCCCCCUCCAUCUACCAGAUAAUCGUCCACAUUGUCUCAGAAGGAUGAUGUCUCUGAAAAGAAA